CCAAUAUGAGUGCCAAAGAGUCAGAGCCAAUACUUGUUCAGUUAGAGCGCGUUUACCGAUUGUGAAGGUUUUGUGAGCGGAAAAUUUAGAUAUUAUUGUGCUGGGUGCGUUUUUUUUUCUUCUUUUCAUUGUGCGGAAAUAAUCGUCAAUGUGAAUAUAAAAAAGAAAAGUUGAUUCUUUGCGCUAAAAAUUUAACAGAAAAAAUAGUUUGUCCAUUGAACAGUUCUCGACGAGAGCUCCAGCUGAACGGUCGGUUUUGAAAAACUAGCAAUCGAGAGACGACAAUUGGUUAAACGCGCUUUAAGCUGCUGCUAUGCAUUAGGGUAAAACACUGUAUUUUAAUAAAAUACAAAAAGACUAUAAACAUAAAAAGUGCAUAAAAAUUACUACAUAUAUAUGUACAUAUGUAUGUACAGAAAUGUGUUGAUACAUAUUAAAUGCAUUUCUGCGAGGUGACACAAAUAUUUGGAUAAUUCGUGAAAAAGUGCAAAAUAAGCGAAAAGUACAAAAGUUCAAAAGUUCUUGCAUUUAAAAAAAAAAAAGAACAAACAAAACAGCGUAAAAAAAAUAAUAAUAAAAUCAGUGCAGAAAAAUGACUGAAAGAUAUGCUAAUGGUGUUACCAACAGUCUGGUGAAUAGUUCGCCACCUGUUACAAACAAUGGUGCAGCUGCCGCCUCCGUCGCCAAUGGCCAUGGCAACGGUAAUGCUGCAGUCGCCGCUGACUACUCGGACGACGGUGAUAAAAUCGUAUUAGAACGUAAAUUGACGCUAAUGAAUGGAGUUGCUAUAAUUGUGGGUACAAUUAUUGGCUCGGGAAUUUUUAUAGCGCCAACAGGUGUCUUCAUAUAUACAGAAUCUGUGGGUUCGUCUUUGGUCAUUUGGGCUGCCUGCGGCAUACUCUCGACGAUCGGUGCGCUGUGCUAUGCUGAAUUGGGUACGAGCAUCACGCGUUCGGGUGGCGAUUAUGCAUAUCUGUUGGUGGCAUUUGGACCGCUAGUCGGUUUUCUGAGACUAUGGAUAGCUUUGUUAAUCAUUAGACCAACAACGCAGACAAUCGUCGCUUUGACUUUCGCACAAUAUGCGGCAAAACCAUUCUUCGAAGACUGUUCCCCACCCGAUUCAGCCGUAAAAAUUUUAGCGGCAGUUUGUUUGUGUUUGCUCACUGCCAUUAAUUGUUUAUCUGUCAAAUGGUCGAUGAAAGUUCAGGACAUUUUCACUGCUGGCAAACUCUUGGCGCUAAUUAUGAUUAUUUUGGCAGGCCUAUACUAUUUGAUGUUGGGUCGCUUUGAGAAUUUCGAAAAUGCCUGGGAGGGUAAUUAUGAUGCGGCUAAUAUCGGAUUUGCUUUCUAUUCGGGUCUCUUUGCAUUUGGCGGCUGGAAUUAUUUGAACUUUGUGACCGAAGAGCUGCAGGAUCCAUACAAAAAUCUUCCACGUGCCAUUUGGAUCGCCAUGCCGCUGGUCACCGGCAUUUAUGUACUGGUGAAUUUGGCUUACUUUGUGGUGGUGUCAAAAACCGAAAUGCUCAGUUCACUAGCAGUCGCAGUCACAUUCGGUAAUCGCGUUUUCGGACCACUCG